AUGAGACUCUCUGCAGCCUGGACGACACUCUUAUUCCUGCUGAUGCAGAGAGGAUCCAGAGCCUGCACAGUAAAGAAACCGGGCAGCAGCGCAGGAAGAUUUGGCAAUGCCACGUUAGUGCGGCUGUCUGAGUUCCUGAGCGCCGGGUACAAGAAGGGAGUGAGACCGGUGAAAGACUGGAGGACGUCCACCAUCGUGGCCAUAGACCUCAUGGUUUACUCCAUCCUCAACGUGGAUGAGAAGAACCAGGUUUUGACAACAUACGUGUGGUAUCGUCAGUCCUGGACAGAUGAGUUCCUGGUGUGGAAUCCUGAAGACUUUGAUGAAGUUAAACAAGUUUCAAUCCCCACAGCUAACGUGUGGGUGCCUGACAUCCUCAUCAAUGAGUUCGUAGAUGUGGGGAAGUCUCCAGACAUACCGUACGUCUAUGUGACACAUGAUGGACUGGUGCGAAACUACAAACCCAUCCAGGUGGUCACAGCCUGCACGCUCAACAUCUACAACUUCCCAUUCGACGUGCAGAAGUGCAGCCUCACCUUCCAAAGCUGGCUACAUACAAUCGAUGACAUCAACAUCACCCUGAUGAGGAGCCCCGAGGAGCUCAGCGAGGACAAGAGUGUCUUCAUGAACCAGGGAGAGUGGGAGCUGCUCCACAUACUGUCCAACUACAAGAUCUUCAGUGUGGACAAUGACGACUACUACGCUGAGAUGAAGUUUCAUGUGGUGAUCCGGCGUCGGCCGUUAUUCUACACAGUGAACCUGCUGCUUCCCAGCAUCUUCCUCAUGGUGAUGGACAUCGUGGGUUUCUAUUUGCCACCGGACAGUGGAGAGAGGGUUUCCUUCAAGAUCACUCUUCUGCUGGGCUACUCUGUGUUCCUCAUCAUUGUGUCUGACACGCUGCCUGCCACCGCCAUAGGAACCCCGCUGAUAGGUGUGUACUUCGUGGUCUGCAUGGCCCUCCUGGUGAUCAGCCUCACAGAAACCGUGCUGAUUGUGCGUCUGGUCCACAAGCAGGACCUGCAGCCUCCUGUGCCUCAGUGGGUCAAGUACUUGGUUCUGGAAAGAGCUCCAGUUCUCUUCUGCAUCCACAAGAAGCACCGCCUCUGCUCCAGACUGUCCUCACAGGCCUCUGAUAUGGAGCACUACAAGGAGAGCAACUAUGGGACGGCCCAGUGCACCGUCCACCACACCUGUGAGAUCGGACGGAGACUCAGCCAGCACGACAGAGAGGGUGAUCUGCUCAGACUGGGCCUGCCCCCCUCCAGAGACCCCACCCCGCCUGUCAUGGACAACAUCCUGCAGGAGGUGACCGCCAUACGCCACUUCCUGGAGAAGAGGGACAGGUGCCGGGAGGUUGCGAAGGAGUGGCUGCAGGUGGGCUACGUGCUGGACGUGCUGCUCUUCAGAGUCUACCUGGUGGCUGUGGUGGCGUACAGCAUCACACUGGGCACGCUGUGGUCGGUGUGGCAGGUCGCCUGAGUUUAACCCUUUGCUGCUGUGGACACAAGCUCAGAGUGUAGAGCAGGGGAUAACAAGGCCAGAGGUACAGCUUUAGGCCUCAUGUGGUUCAGAGGAUACAGGGAGGACUCUACAUAGUAUGGAACUAAGAAAAGCUUCCUGUAGUUGAGGCAUGUGUACACAGGUUACAGAUGGUUCUCCACAUUAUAUCCCUGCACACAUUAUUACUAUCAUCAUCAUUGAAGGACAGAGAGCGUGACAGAUUUUAUGAGGGCAACACCAGACUCUUUUCAGGACCAGGCCGCGCAGAAUCUGACAAAAUGACCCACACACUUAUUACUUAAUUCAUAUUUAUCUUUAUUAUGGAUUUAAAAAGAUGACAGAAGAGCUAACUAUACUGUAUGAAAAUUAUAUUACGACUAAGGGAAGAGUGUUGAUAUUAAGACCAGACCAUCUCACUAUCAGAUGAUAUACAUAAAUAUAAUUAUUUGCAGUGAAUUUAAAUAAAAAAGAACAUUUACAUAUAAUCAUGGUUGUGAAAGUACAAUAAAUGUUAUGGUUUUUUAUUUACUGGUUUUAGGCCCUUUUAGAAGCUGAGGUGGGCUAAAAACCCAGGACAGUAGUUUGUGUUGUGUUCAGGAGAAUAAAUGUGUUGGUGGAUAAAGUUUAGGAUUAAAAUUAGCUUUAAAAAAUGAAUAAAUAAAAACUUCUAACAUGUUAAAAGCCUUUUAAAACAAAGUA